UUUCUAACUUUAAUUUAACUUUUGAAAGUCUCGGUGAAUUGUUCUUCGAUAUAGUUUCUUCGUGAUACGUUCGAAGGGGACAAAUGGUGAAUAGAAACUGGGAUUGAACGCGUUGCGGAAUUCGAUUCGUCCCGUUUCCAAUUGACGGCAACUCGAAAACAACGAAUCGAACUCUGUGCAAUCGUAAAUCAUUAUUGUCGUCCCGUUAAUUGACAUUAGGGCUGAUAGGAGGAACGCGAUAAAUGUCCCGUUUCGUUUCCAUGGUUUUAUCGCGAGAAACGAAGGGACACGGGCACGCGAGAAUGGAUAAUUGAUUAUUAUUAAUGAAAUGCUUGUCCACGAUCAUGCUUUUUUAACCGGUAUGUUUUUUCUUUUUUUGUUCUCAGGACGAAGUAAGUAACGAGCCACGACAGUUACAGGCCGUACGUUCGAGUGCUAUAGGCGAGACGAUUAUGACGAAAACGGCACCGGACAAACGUCCACGAACGAGGAGGGUGAAGAGGUCGGACGGCCGUGGCAAUGGCGGCACACCCGAGGAAAAGCGUCCGCGGACCGCGUUCAGUGGCGAACAAUUGGCCAGGCUGAAGAGGGAGUUCGCGGAGAAUCGAUACCUGACCGAACGAAGGAGGCAACAACUCUCGAGGGAUUUGGGUUUAAACGAGGCGCAGAUCAAGAUCUGGUUUCAGAACAAGAGGGCGAAGAUCAAGAAGGCCAGUGGCCAGAAGAAUCCUCUCGCCCUUCAGCUGAUGGCCCAGGGUCUUUACAAUCAUUCGACGGUGCCUCUAACGAAAGAGGAAGAGGAACAAGCGGCGGAACUCCAAGCGAAAUGACGACAAUAGGAUCGAUCGAAUAAUUGAAGCUAAACUUAUCGACGAGCUCGUUCGACGUUUCGAGAUCUUGUAAGAACUCUCAUUUCUCGCGUCGAAUGUCGAUCGCGAGAGAAUGAAAACGUGUCGUUGAUAACAUAUCUGGUGAACCGUGAAAACGGGAGUGGUUGUAUGAACGCGUUAGUCUUAGAUAAUUUAACGUUCCUCCCGUAAAUUUUGUACGAAAGAUCGUCAUCGAGACCACAGCCACUUGCGCUCCAAAGAUUGUACAUCUACAUUCUAUUAUCGAUUUCCUGAAAUUCGAAAAUGAUUGCAUAGUCAAAUUAAGAUUAACUUAGUCGGUUGCCUUUGUUUCUUCUAUGUUUAAAAAUUCGGAUAUUUAUUUCGUGGAAAAAAAAUUCAAUGCCACCGACCGAAUAUUUAAGCGACUGCUGAACGAAUUUUUGUAAUUCGUUGUCUUAGAGCUUCCCAUUUAACUUGAGACCGAUAAAACCGCGACGCGACGUAUCCUGCGACAGGAAAGCUCAUGAGUUACCGGCGUUAUGAAUCGAAUGAUGGUGGUCGUGCGCGCGGCGAUCGCAACGAUAGCUAUCAUUCAACAUCGUUUGUAAGGGAGGAAUUAGCACGUACGUUCCUAUAUCACGAAUAAAAAUGUCGUAUUUAGAACCAGGGGAAUGAACGGAGUAAUCGAUCGAUCGUCGUGAUUACACGCGAAUCGUGUAAAUCAUGGUGAAAUGGGUUGUACAGUGCCAUUUGUACAGUUUUUUCGCGAACACAGUAGAUCGAAAAAAAAAACGAAUAGAAGUCAUCGUUCUCUGAUAAAGGAACCAGUAUUCGAGGGAGAGACAAAGAGAGAAUGAAGAUACUUUAACCAAGGACAAGUGUGACAAGUUUGUAUGAGAGGAAGUUUGCAUGAGAAUGAGAGUGAAAAUGUAAAGUCCUAGUUUCGUUUCGUUAAUUUAUUGUAAAAAUGUAAGAUAUCGUACGAUUGCGACGUGCAAUAGAAAACAUUAUACAUAUAUGUAUGUAUGAAGAAGAGUAAAUAGAAACAAAGUAUAUGUAUAGGUAUAUAUAUAUAUAAAUAUACAUAUAUAUACGUAUAUGUAUAUAUAAAAAAGAUUGAUAUAAAUUGUCGUGUAAAUAAAGUGCAACUUAGCGAGAACGUCGUCUCGAUAGACUGUUUAAAAAUAACUUAGUUAUUUAUUUACCUAUGCUAAUACGGAAGGCUCGAUACAAUAUCGGGCACUUAUACCUUGUAAGAAUUAUUUAAAGAUCGAAUUAAAUAUUCCCACUAUCAUGA